AUGCCAUUAAUAAAAAAACCUAUGCGUUAUGCACAUCCAGAGGGACAUACAGACGUUUGUUAUUUUAUUGGUGAAAAGUAAGCAAAGUUAUAAAUUAAUAUUCUUUAUUAGAAAUAAUUUUUUAUUUCAAAAGCAAUUUCUUCAUAUUCUUAAGUUAAUUUUUUUGUUUAGUUUUUUUUAGAGAAAAAUAGGUCAGAAAGAAGUUUAGAGUAUUCAAAACAUUAUGAAUAAAAGAAAUAUAUAAUUAAGAAGAUAAUAUCUAUAUUUUUAGCAAAGGACUUAUCACUUGUGGAUCUGAUGGAGAUGUUCGAUAUUGGUUGAAUCUAAUGGAUGAUGAUCCGAGUGCAAGCUGUGUCUCAGAACAAGCUAUAUCAGUUGUAUCAAAGAAUGGAAAAAUAUUUGUUGGCAAUGAUAAUAAUAUAGUCCAAAUUCUUAAUUAUCCGGAUCUUGAAAAAGAAGGAAUAGUUACUAGAUUUUCAGCACCUGUUUCAGCAUUAGCAACAACAAAAGACAGCAUCGUCAAGCGCAGAUGGUUCAAUACGAGUAUGGAAUAUUAAAGAAAAGAGGGUUGUAAACAGUUGGAUAAAUGUUGUUCCUAAAUGUAACUCAUUUUUUACAGCUAAAACAUAUGGUGUGCCUUCAUUUCAUCCUAAAGAUGGAAGAUAUCUUGCAUAUCCCAAUAUAAAGGAUAUAAUUAUUGUUGAAAGAUCUUCUUGGAAGGAAUUAUUUCGUUUAAAAUGUAUUAAUAUAAAAACUGAAAUUAAUAUAUGUAAGUUUUCUGAAUGUGGCACAUUAUUAGCUGCUAGUUCGGUACAAGGGGAAAUAAUCGUUUGGAAUAUACAAAAUAAAGAAUUAGUUGGCUAUAUUGAACAUCAACAGAAUACUAAAAUCACAGCAUUAUCUUGGAACAUUGAUAAAUCAGAUGAAAUUGCAUUUUGUGAUACUUUAGGUCAAUUAGGAUGUGUUGAUGUUAUAGUGCCUGAUAGUGUAACAACUAAUGAAUUAACUUCAGAAACAAAUGAAGAUGUCAGAAUUGGUAAUCUUGAUAUUCCAGAAGAAGAAGAUGAUGAUGAUGAUGAUGGUGAAACUGUUAUAUCUCUAAACAAAAUCAAAACAUCAGUAGAACGUGAAGAUGAUCAAAAAAGUCAUUCUGAUGUAGAGUCUGAAAAAUUACAUGAUGCAAAUACUUUUGUACCUGAAGUCCAUUUACAGCCACCAUUUCAACCUAGUUCAUCGCCACUACAUUUAUUAUCUCGAUUUAUGGUAUGGAAUGAUGUAGGUAUGGUAAGAUGUUUUACUUCUGAAGAUGGAGAAGAAUCUAGUAUUGAAGUAGAAUUUCAUGAUGCGACAGUUCAUCGUAGUAUGCAUAUCAAUAAUUAUUUAAAACAUACAAUAGCUGCUUUGUCAACAGAAGCAUUUGCAUUGAAUUGUCUAUCAAGUAGUGACACACGAAGCAAACUUGUUGUAAUAGCAUUACAAGGUUGGGGUUCUGGAAAUAAGGAAUGGUCUUUAGAGCUUCCUGAAGAUGAAGAAGGACACUGUAUUGCAGCUGGUAAUAAUUUUGUAGCACUUGGAACUUCUAGGAGACAUUUAAGAAUAUUUACUGUAGGAGGUACACAGCGUGAAAUCAUAGCUUUGCCAGGUCCUGUAGUAGCAAUGAAUGGAUUGAAUAAUAAUUUAGUACUUGCGUAUCACACUGGAAUAGGAACAUCAGGAGAUCAGUGUAUGAAUUUACUAUUCAUUCAAAUUCGAGGAUUAAAUUUAAUUAGUCGAACAUUGUGUCUUCCUUUAUCACCAUCAUCAGAACUAAUGUGGUUAGGAAUUACUGAUUUUGGUUCCCCUGUAAUAAUGGAUGCUGAUGAUGUUAUUAGAGUAUAUAAUAAAAAAUCGUCUUUGUGGAGAGUGGCUAGUGAUAUGAAUGAACAGUCUAAGGGUAAAGCAGACCAUUAUUUCAUAAUUGGAAUAAGUGAACAACAAAGUAUCGCUCGUUGUGUUUUGUGCAAAGGAAGUCAUUAUCCUCCAACUACUCCACGUCCAGUAAUUUCAGAAGUAUCAUUAACUCUACCGCUUUGUGAACUAGAAAGUGAAAAAACGGAAAAAGAACUAAAAUUAUGGAAGUUGGGAACCGAUCCAUCAGAAGAGAAUGAAGCAGUGUUGUCCCUUAUUGCGCUCGCUUGCCGAAAUAAUUUGGAGUAUCGAGCGGUAGAAUUAUGUGAACAAAUUGCUUCGGAAAAAGUUAUAGAAUUGGCAAUUAAAUAUGCACGAAGAAUAAAUCGAAUUGCUUUAUCUAAUAAAUUAGAAUCGAUUGCUGACAUGAAGGAAGAAGAAAAAGAGAAAGAAAUGGAAAGUAAAGACAAUGAUAAUGAAAAUAUUAAUAAAAGCGACGAUGAAGAAUUGAAUAAUGAUAUUAAAGAAUCCACAAUUUCAUUAUCUAUUACAAAAAAGCCAGAUAUAGAAAUUAAACCAUUAUCUAUGACUGAAGUAUUAUCACAAAAAAGAAGUAAUCCCUUUUUAAAAAGCGCUAAUUCUCCAGCGACGAAAGGCUUAGCUGGAUUAGAAGUAGCUCCAGAGAAACCGCAGAAAGUAACACCAGUACUUUCAAAGUCAAAGACAAAAGAAGCAAAGGAUGGUCCAAAAAAGGAAACAUUUAUUAAUUGGUAUACUAAAAAUAAAAAGAGCUUACAAGAAGAGUUUCCUGAGUUAAGUGCUGCUGAUUUAACAAAAACUGCCUUGGCAAGAUAUAAAGAGAAGAAUAUAGGUUCACAAAAUAACAAAACUCCGGAGACCUCGGAAUCAAAAAAAAGAAAAUUAAGUCCAGAGAGUGAGCAAAAUAAUGAACCAAAACGAUCCUCGACUUUUCAAUACGAGUUGAGGCUUUUAAAAUACUUAGACACGCGUAGCAUUGUGCAGAUAGUAAUUGUACAAACUGAAACAAAAUUUCGACAGAAAUUUUCAAGUACAAUGCUCGAGGGAGCAAUGAAAGAACAUACACCAUUAGAUGUGAUACAAAACGCUAUGGGUGUGAUGGGCCCAUGGCAUAUUGUUAUUGCUGUGGCAUUGUCCCUUGUAAAAUUUCCAGUUGCUUGGCAUCAACUUUCCAUUGUAUUUCUUGCACCUCCAACUAAUUUUUCAUGUGCCGCACCAAUCUCAAUGACUAAUGAAUCUACAAUAUUAAAAUGUUAUGUAGAUGUAGGAAAUGGUACCAUGAAGAAGUGUACAAGUUUUAAAUAUGACAAGCGCAUAUUUAAAGAGAGUAUUGUAACUCAAUGGGACUUGGUCUGUGAUAGAGAACAAUUAGCAAAUUUUGUACAAUCUUGUGUAAUGUUUGGAGUUCUUAUUGGUAAUUUAGUGUUCAGUAUAAUGGCCGAUCGAAUUGGUAGGAAAAAGCCUCUAAUGGUUGCUUUAGGAUUGCAAUCAUUAACUGGAUUUAUAUGUGCAUUUGUUCCAUGGUUUGAACUAUUUGUAAUAUUUAAAUUUAUUUCUGCCAUAGCUACAGGUGGUACUAUGCUUGUUAGUUUUGUUUUACUUAUGGAGAUUGUAGGAAUAGAAUGGCGUUCAAUUAUGUCAGUUCUCUUUCAUGUGCCAUUUUUAUUAGGUCAUUUAAUGAAUCCUUUAAUUUCAUAUUUAACACAUACAUGGGAUGGUUUUCAAAUGGCAGUUUCCAUACCAUCACUUUUUUUGAUUAUACCUGAAUCACCAAGGUGGUUACUUGCUGUUGGCAAAUUUACAAAAGCAGAGCAAAUUCUAAUCAAAGCAGCAAGCAGAAAUAAAAUACCAAUAGAAAAUGUUAAAAUAGCAAUUGAAACAUACGAAAGUAAUGUGGGACUUCGUCAUAAACAAAAUAAAGAAAAAUAUAAUAUUACACACUUGUUCAGAACUCCAAAUCUAAGAUUAAAAACUAUUUGUAUAUGCAUUAAUUGGUUUGUGUGUGGUAGUUGUUUUUUUGGAUUAGCACAAUAUAUGGGUUAUAUUGAUGGUAACAUUUUUGUGAAUGUUGCUGUAUCUGCUGCUGCUGAACUACCUGGAACUAUGGUAGUUUUGCUUUUAAUAUCACGGGUAUCACGUUUAAGAAUUUUAAUAAGUGGAAAUCUUUUAUCUGCUGCAAGUUUACUAUUACUAACUGUGAUAUCAAAUUCAAAUUUCACAGUAUUUUUAGCUACAUUAGGUCUUGCAGGAAUGUCACUUAGUUUUCCAACAAUAUACUUGUACAGCAGUGAAGUAUUUCCAACUGUAAUCAGAAAUGUUGGUGUUGGUUUAGGAAGUGUCUGUGCAAGAGUUGGAAGUAUGAUUGCACCAUAUAUUGCAACAAUGGGAAAAAUUGAACCUUGGUUACCACCAUUAAUAUUUGGAGUUGGACCAUUAUUUGGUGCUUUAUUAUGUUUUCUACUGCCAGAAACAAUGAACUGUGAAUUACCAGAAACUAUUGAAGAUGGUGAAAAUUUCGGGAAGUAGGUAUAAAGUAACAUGAUUUUAAUUUUGGUUUUUGAUUCUCUACUUUUAAAUAAUUUUAUAAAUUCUGAUUAUUAUCACAGGAAACAAAUUAGAAAAGAUGCAACAAAAUAAUUAAAGUUAUUAAUAAAAGAAAAACAUAGUAAGACAAUGAAGCAGACUGUUUAAAAGAAUAAAUUUAAUAUAUUUAACAUAAAAAAAUUACAUUAAAAGUUGUAAUUGUAUACAUAUUUUUAAUUAUAAUAAAUAUAUAAUAUUUUUAUAAUCGACAAUUUAAUUUAUUCUUUACAUUCUAUCAAAUUAUUUCAAUAAAUAUAUACAAUAUUUUGAGAAAAAUAAUUUUAACCAUUAUUUACAGUAUAUUAUAUAGUAUAUCAUGUAUUUGAUUUAAUGUAAAUGUCUUAAUAUAUUUUAUAUACAGUUACUUUACAGAUCUUUUCAUACUAUACUUAAAACUUAUAUAUUUAUAUUAUUACAAGAACAAAACAUAUCAUUUUUCCUCUAAAAUUAUCUCAGUUGUAAAAUGUAAAUAAUAUUAAUAAUAUUAAACAAAACAUAUUAAAACAAAUCAGCCUUUUUUAUGUUUGUAUAUGUAGUUAUUAAGGUAAAAAGAUUAAUUUGUUGAGUAUUUUAUAGUUUAACUAUAUAA